AUGUCGGACGCGCAGACGAAGAAGUUUGGAAAGAGCGAGCGGACGAUCCCGCACCACAGCCAGAAGGCCCAGAAGUGGUAUCCUGUGGACGAUGAACCGCAACCCAAGAAAGUUCGCAAGUCCAUCCGCCCUGCCAAGAUCCGCGAGAGCCUCCAGCCUGGUUCCAUCCUGAUCCUCCUCGCUGGCCGCUUCCGCGGUAAGCGGGUUGUGCUCCUCAAGCACUUGUCCCAGGGUGUUCUCCUGGUUACCGGUCCCUUCAAGAUCAACGGUGUCCCUCUCCGACGGGUCAACUCUCGCUAUGUGAUCGCCACUAGCGCCAAGGUCGACCUCAAGGGUGUUGAUGCCGCUACCAUUGAGAAGGUUUCUGCUUCCGACUACUUCACCAAGGAGAAAUCCAAGGAGAAGAAGACCGAGGAAGCUUUCUUCAAGAACGGCGAGAAGCCCGAGAAGAAGAAGAUCACCAGUGCUCGCGCUGCCGACCAGAAGGCUGUUGACCAGGCCCUUCUGGCCACCAUCAAGAAGGAACACCUCCUCUCCAGCUACCUCGCCACUAGCUUCAGCCUCCGAACUGGCGACAAGCCUCACGAGAUGAAGUGGUAG